ACACGGCAAUGGCGAGCGGUAAAAAGAGCGCUCUGCUUUCCUCUUUAGCAGACUAUGGAGACGAUUCAGAACCUGACUCUGACCCCGAAUCAGAAGAGACAGAGGCUCGUGGGAGUGGCCUGGUGUACAGCUAUGGGGACGAUGACCUGAACCGAACGGAGGGUGCGGAAGUGAAGGUGUCUGCAGAUGAAGACAGCAGAGAGAGCCACUCGGUCAGUACCGGAGCUCAAAACAUGUUUGAAAUGGACGACUCCGACGAGGGGAGGGACGCAGAGGAUGUUGAGAUCCCAGAAGUAGAAAGAAAGGACCCCAAUGAGCUAGUUGCUCUGUUCUCGGAGAAGGUGAGGAACAUGUCACCCAACGAGAUCCGGAUCCCCCCCGAGCCCCCUGGACGCUGUUCGAGCCAACUACAGGACAAGAUCCACAAGCUGUACGAGAGGAAGCUCCAUGGAGAUUUUGACACAAACAACCACAUCCAGAAAAAGAAAGAAUUUAGAAACCCGAGCAUUUACGAGAAGCUCAUCCAGUUCUGCAGCAUAGAUGAACUGGGAACGAACUACCCGAAAGAUAUGUUUGAUCCUCACGGCUGGUCAGAGGACUCUUACUACGAAGCUCUAGCCAAAGCCCAGAAAGUGGAGAUGGACAAACUGGAGAAAGCCAAGAAGGAGCGGACCAAGAUUGAGUUUGUCACAGGGACUAAGAAGGGCACCAACCCCUCCAGCACAGCAGCCUCCACCACCAGCAGCACCGCCACCACCACGGCCUCAGCAGAGGCCCAGAAGAGGAAAAGCAAGUGGGACUCUGCAAUCCCUGUGACCCUGGCCCAGCCCACCCUCAUCACCACCACGGCGACCCUGCCUGCCGUCGUCUCCGUGACGACCACCGCCAGCGGCACCAAGACCACGGUCAUCUCUGCGGUGGGCACCAUCCUAAAGAAGGCAAAGCAGUGAUCUGUCUGUGUUUGUGUUAGUCUAUAAGAGUGACAGGAAGCUGCAAGACCUGUGUUGUCCUGCGCUCAUUACGUAUGUGGAAGGAAGCAGAGAGAGAGCUCAAAUGAACUCGUGGACUCUUACAACCAACGUACAAAUCCCCUCUGCUACACGUGGACUGAUCUAAAGACGUCACUGCCGUCUAUCUCUGGGAUUGUAUCUGCACUAUUGCCUCAUGAAGCCAAAUUUGCAGUUUGCUGAAAAUACUCAAUAGAUCCUCUGAAAACCUGUGGUGUGGUGCAUGCAGAUCUCAUGCUUAUAAAACAUUCAUUAUGUUUUUUUCUAUAUGUGUUUGCAUAAGAAGGUCCCAAACAGACCUGGUAGAAAUAUCUGUAAACGUGUCCAUAGUUUUGGUGCAGUAUUUCUAUGCAUCCCGCAGCAGUUAUGUGUUCUAGGUCGAUAUGUGCAUCAGCUUUUUUUUUUUCCAUCAUUGGCAAAUUGACCGACUAUAAAGUAAGAUAUUUUUUACACUUGUACAUAUGUAUUGAUGAUAAGAGGAAUAAAUGGAUCAGAUGUUGUCUUUUCAGUUGGAUUCUUGUCUGUUUUUUCUUGUCAUUUCUAACUGUUUACAACCAGCACACUGAAGUGACUUUAUCUGAAAGGUGAAGCGCAUGGAACCGCUAUUCGGGCCAGAUGAGGACCUAAAAGCUUCUGUUGUCUCGCCGUUCUAGCAAAGCUUUACACGGGAUGAAGACUGCAGGCAGGCUGAAGAAUCUCUCCGGCUCUCAAAAACACACACACACACCAUUUGUCUUUCGUCUCAGGGAAUGCAUGUGUGCUCCAGGUGGAGUUUUGACUUGUGCUGUUCCUCACCUCAGUCUCCACAUAUGGAGGGGGAGGGCAGUAAGAGGUCAGAGUACUUCUGAAGCACCACUCCAGGGUUAAAGUCUACAGUGUGAGCAGGCCAAAAUUCCCCAUUGAGUUAUUUCAAACUUCAAGCUUUUCCCACUUGAUUACCGUUACAAGCCGCAAAUAUUUUUUCAUGACCUUUUCACUCUGUAAGAUAGGGAAUGUGGGUGCAGUCUUUUGACUAAACACCAAACAAAUAUGCAAAGAUGUGCUCAAAUUGUUUGUUUGCCCAUGUUGUUGUUUCUUAACAUGUUUCUGCAGAGCCCGGAAUUCAAAUACAGCACUGAGAAAAAUGCAGUGUCUCUUCAACACAUCGUCUGGUAUGUUAUGGUUAGAUGACAGCCACAUUUGCAGAAUAAAGA